CCUGCACUCUACCGACACCUUGACCAAACUCACCGACCCCGCCAGACACAGCGCAAUAUCCAAACCGAGCCCCUCCGAGAAUAAACCCACAGUGCGAUACCCAAAGGUCCCCAUUACCAUACUAGCCAGUGGGAGGCAGUCAGGAAAGAGCUGGCAACCAUGAAUAGGACAGGUACAGUUCCUCAGUCUAUGAGGGGGAUGCCCGGCGGCUUUGGUGGCGGCCAGCAAUCACAACACGCAGGAAGAGCUGGUGGAAACAGGUUACCAAAUGGAAAGCUGGCAAUACCAGUGAACAACUCGUCUGGAUGGGCUUUUGGAGGAGUUGGUCCUAUGAGCUCUGGUGGCAUUCAAAAUCCCACAAGGCAGCUGGGAGGCAAUGCGACUUUUGCCCAAAGCUUGAGUGGCUCGACACCUGCCACACCACUGGACCUAUCUGAAUUCCCCCAACUGAGCAACAAUGCCCCGUUCGCAGGUGCCUCCAACCAGGGCCUAUGGGCGGGUCAAGCUGCCAGGAACCUCGGGGGACCAGGAAACGGCCCCAGGACUCCCGCUUCAUCUAUGCCUCAGGCGCAACAAGAAGACCUCUUCUCUCCUUCGUCUCGACUACCAUCCAGUCAGACCUCGUUUCGAUUUGGUAGCCAAGCUAGUAUCGCUCAGCAGGCUCCACAAGCUCAGCCCAGUGGUGGUGACGAGUUUCCGCCGUUGAAUAGGAACGGCAACGGCGAAAUCGGUCAAGAUCGAGUUGCGAGUCUCAUGUCGAGCAUGAAUAUGGGUUCUCAAGGACCAGUUGCAUCCUCGUCGACACAGGCUAGAGGCUCUGGCAACGGGCUUCUUAAUGCAGUCACCGCCAACACCCGUGCCUCUGAGGCCCGCUCACCCGUUGGUACUCGACCAUCAGAAGGACGACCCUCGAUCACUGAGGACGACGCGCGACAGAAAUCCGCCUUUCGCGAGGAUGGCGCUGCACCCCAACCGCCCAUCCAGGAUGGGGCUGGUCAAUCUGCAGAUGCCCGUAACCCGAUUGGCGCUAUUGGCAACGACGCGUCAAGCGGCAAAGGCGUCGAGGCUCCCACUGAAGCCUCGGCCUCCACAGCUCAGGACCCGCUUGCUGGCAUGUCGGAAGCGGACAAAUGGGGCAUAAAGGGCCUGUUGACGAUGAUGGCAAAGUACCCAUCGUACCACGCGCUAGUCCACGGUCUCAACCCUGCGGAGCUGGGUCUUGAUCUGAGCAGUGACGCUCGAAUUACCGAGCAGACAUUCUCGCUCACCAGUCACGAGCCCCCAAAGCCACCGCAGCCGAAGUUCAACCUUCCCGAGUGCUAUACUGUUAGGAACACCCAGCCCAUCGAGCAGAAAGUGGCGAACUUCACCGAGGAGACCCUUCUCUACAUGUUCUACUCGAGCCCGCAGGACAGGCACCAAUACCUGGCGGCACAGCAACUGUACCAGCGAGGUUGGCGCUGGCAUAAGGAGCUCCGUGCCUGGCUGACCAAGGACGUGGAGAUGCAGCCGGUGGCGGUCAGCCCAGAUGCUGAGCGAGGGUACUACGUGCUCUGGAACGCCGAGACUUGGGCGAGAGUGAGGCAAGAGCUGACCCUCUACUACGCGGAUCUCGAGACCUUCCCCGAACUCCCUCCAGGUCCUCAUUCUUAGGGACCAAAAUGGCGACCUCAAGGUGUUCCCGGAUCUUCCUCGAAGCCCUGAAUGCCAAGCUCGACGGGCGAGGCUCGACAUUUGACCUGCGACUUGCGACUUGCGACUUGCGACUUGCGACUUACAUUGUUUCCAGUACUGUACCUAUUUCUGCUUUCAGCUCGGUGCCGAAUGAAUGCGGCUCUAAAAAGGUACUCGUUUUGUCCAACUGGACAUCUUUUCAAAAUCAGGGAUGAGGGCCGAUGGAUGAUUUCAUGUUUCGGUAACCCGCAUUUGCAAAGGCGUAUCUCGUAAGGGGCUACGAUUGUGUCUUCGGAGGAUUCCCAGGCUUGGACGAUCAGGCUUCAGGGAAUUGUGGUCUUGAAAAUGCUUUUGCCAACGUGGUUUUCUGGCAAAAAAUAAUGAAUUGGAGAGAGUACCUCUCAUGGACAUGAAUGAAGUUGUAAACUGUCUCAA